AUGGAGCGGGAUCCGGAAAUGAAGAUUGGUCUUCUCGACCAGAACCGACGUGAGCAUAGACAGAAUAACUCCCGCCCAAAUCGAUUUUGGAUGAAUGUCGUUGGAGCAAUUAUCGUUGUCGUAACUAUAUUAUGUUUAUGUGAUUCUUUCAAUGGCGGAUCUUUGCGAAAGGGGCUUUGGGUAUGGGCCGAUGGGGAUCACAAAAAUACCGGGAAUCAACAAUAUGGUAGUUCAGAGGGGAGUCAGUAUUUACUGGGGGUUGGGAAAGCAGAUAUCACUGGUCCAGUUGUGGAAAUCAACAUGAUGGGAUAUGCAGAUACCAAGCAAGUUGGAUCGGGGUUACGACAACGCCUCUAUUCUCGAGCUUUUAUCGUAGGAGAUAUCGACCGGCCGGAAGACCGGUUCGUCUAUCUCGUUCUGGAUACACAAUCGGGAGAUACUGCUGUUAGAUAUGGGAUACUGGAAGGUCUCGCAAAUCUAGGUAGCGAUUAUGCUGUGUAUGGACAACAGAAUGUAGCCGUGACAGGCACGCAUUCUCAUUCUGGUCCCGGGGCAUGGCUGAAUUACCUACUACCCCAAAUUACCAGCAAAGGAUUCAGUAAACAGAGUUAUCAGGCUAUAGUAGAUGGAGCUGUUUUGUCUAUCCAAAGAGCUCAUACCAGCCUUCAACCUGGAUAUCUGAAUGUCGGUUCGACGAAAGUUUUUGGGGCCAAUAUCAAUCGAAGUUUAUAUGCCUAUUUGGCAAAUCCGGAAGAAGAACGAGCAAAGUACAAUACUAGUACUGAGGAUGAUGGAUCUGUUGAGAAGGACCUCACCCUUUUGAAAUUCUCACGAGCUUCUGACGGGAAGAAUAUUGGGAUUCUGACAUGGUUUCCCACACACGGAACUUCAAUGCUGGGGAACAAUACUCUUAUUUCGGGAGACAACAAAGGUGUCGCUGCAGAUCUCUUCGAAAAGAGUGUAGUUCAGGAGGACAACGCAGCUGAAGGUUUUGUAGCCGGGUUCUCGCAAGCCAAUGUUGGUGAUACAAGCCCGAAUGUUCUUGGUGCUUGGUGUGAAGACGGAUCAGGGCAGCAAUGUAGUUUCGAAAAUAGCACGUGCAGUGAUGGUAAAAGUCAGUACUGCCAUGCUCGUGGACCUUUCUUCCGCGUAAAGGAUAAUGGUGCAUCGUCUUGCCACGAAGUUGGCAAGAGGCAAUUUCAGCCUGCUAAGAAAUUAUACGACGAGGCUGACACAAAGUUGACUGCUGUUUCGGGAUCGUCCGUAAAAUCGUUCCAUACAUUUCAAGACAUGUCAAACUUCUCCUUUCCUUUGAAAAAUGGAAGUUACGUUCAUACAUGUCCAGCUGCUUUGGGGUACUCAUUCGCGGCUGGAACCUCUGAUGGGCCAGGUGCAUUUGAUUUCACUCAAAAUGAUCCCAAUACACCAAAUGCUUCGCCCGUGUGGCGUGUCGUGUCUGGUCUCAUCAAGGCACCAAGCAAACAACAACAGCGUUGCCAUUACCCCAAACCUAUUUUACUUGACGUUGGCGAGAUCAUAACACCUUAUUUGUGGACACCCAAUGUAGUCGAUGUGCAAUUACUUCGAGUAGGACAACUAUUCAUCAUUGUCAGUCCUGGAGAAGCAACCACGAUGUCUGGUCGUCGCUGGAAAGAAGCCAUCCACGACUCCGCCGCAUCAACCAUUUUCUCAGACUCAUCCUCUCCAGACCCAAUCGUGGUCAUUGGAGGCCCAGCUAAUAGCUACACACACUACAUUGCCACUCCCGAGGAAUACGGUAUCCAACGCUACGAAGGCGCUUCCACUCUCUACGGUCCCUACACCCUCAACGCCUACAUCAACCUCACACUCUCCCACCUCCCCUUCCUGAGUCCAACGUCCAUUUCUCAACCUCCACCCGGCCCGCUCCCCCCAAACAACGUCAACAGAUCCCUCUCCUUCAUAACCGGCGUUGUCUAUGAUGGCCACCCCAUCUUCACCUCCUACGGUGAUGUAAAAACCGACGUUUCCCCCUCGUAUCCCCUUUCAUCCUCUCCCAUCAUAACCGCUACAUUCAUCGGCGCCAAUCCACGCAAUAACCUCCAUCUCGAAUCAACUUAUGCCUCUAUCGAAAUGUUCGUCCCCGAUACCUCUAGAUGGGUACGACUUCACGACGAUAGUGACUGGAGUCUCAUAUUCGAGUGGAGGAAAGUAAGCGAGAUUCUGGGGACGAGCGAAGUAACUAUCACGUGGGAGACGGAAGAGUGGGCUCAGAAGGGUCGAUAUCGAAUUAGAUAUUUUGGCGAUUCCAAGGCGGUGGGGGGUGCGAUUACGCCGUUUGAGGGGGUGAGUGGGGUGUUUGAACUCUUGUAG